AUGGACCGAGAUGGCACGUACAAGCCGCUGCUCUACUCGAACGAGCUGACGGUGAUGCGGCAGCACUGGCUCGCGAUCAACGACUCCGCUGUCUCGCCGACGGAGCUGCCGCUCGAGCUCUCGUGGAGCCCGAUGGGCGUGAAGCGCUUCGCGUGGAUGCAGCAGCUCGAGGCCUCCUUCAAGAUGAACGAGGACAAGCUCGGCGCGCGGCGGACAUGGGAGUCGGAGGACAUGCGCGGGAUGUUCGUGCACACGCCGCCCGCGCUGCUCUACACGACGAUGGGCGUCUCAGCCGUCCACCUCCUCUUCGACGGCGGGGCCUCGUACCGACGCGCGGGGCGGCCCCGCACAGGCCUCUCCUCGCGCGCGCUCCUCCUCAACCAGGCGAUGGAGCUGGUGGUGCUCCUCUACCUCAUUGAGGAGGGCUCGUCCUGGCUCGUCCAGGACACCGUAGUGGUAGUGGUAGUCGUAGUCCACCGCCUCGCCGCCGGCUCCCGCCGAGAGCUCCUCCUCAGCGCGCCUGCUCUGGCGGCAGGCGGCGUCGAGUCGCUCACGGAGAAGUACGACCGCCUCGCCUUCCGGUACCUGCUGCUUCCGCUGCUGCUGCUGGUGGCCGGCUACUCUGUCUACUGCCUCUUGACGUGGUACUACCGCUCUUGGUACUCGUGGCUGCUCGAGUCGCUCGUCGCCCUCGUCUACGGCUGCGGCUUCAUCGUGAUGACGCCGCAGCUCUUCAUCAACUGGCGGCUCAAGAGCGUCGCCCACCUGCCGUGGAAGUUCUUCAUGUACAAGGCGAUGAACACCUUCAUCGACGACCUCUUCGCCUUCAUCAUCAAGAUGCCCACGCUGCACCGCAUGUCCUGCUUCCGCGACGACAUCGUCUUCGCCAUCUUCAUGUACCAGCGGUAUGUCUACAAGGUCGACCUGACGCGCGUCAACGAGUACGGAACGCGCGGCGACGGCGUGCCAAACGGCGACGGUGCGCAAGACGGCGACGGCGGAGGCGACCCGUCAAAGUCCAAGCGGAUCAAAAAGCGAUCCAAGAAGACGGACUGA